GUGAACACUUCCGGUAUGCCAGUGGCCAUGUUUGCAUCAACUUGGCAAAUACUUGGCGAAGUCUGGACUCGAGUAGACUCAUAAAACCAGCCUGAACACCGACCAGGCAUGUCGUGAAGCUGGUGGGACAUCUGGGAAGACCGUAGGUUGACGUAGAAGCUCUACUUUAUCCAAUAUUUGUAGAAGAACUGCCUUGAGAGAGAAUAUUCUUUGCGUGUCCGCCCCCCUCCCACGAACCCGGUUCUAAUUUGAAUGGAUCAGUGAGUGAGUCUUGCCGAACUUGAAUAACCGGUUCCUGAAAUGCUCCCAAACUGCACACAACCACGGCUGGCCGUGUAGCGCCGAGGAUCAAAACCUAAAACACCAUAUUUCCAGCGGAAACCGAGUCCGUCCGGGCCCGUUAGGAUGGCCGGGGCGGCGGCGAAGGGCCUUCGGGAGUGGGCGAAGCAGGUUACCGCCGGGUACGCCGGGGUUUCCGUGACCAAUCUGACGACUUCGUGGCGAGACGGAAUGGCGUUCUGUGCCAUCAUACACCACUUCAGGCCAGACCUCAUUGACUUUGGUUCACUCUCCAAGGAGAAUAUUCGAGAGAACAACAAGCUGGCGUUUGACGUUGCUGAACAGGAGUUAGGCAUCCCUGCCCUGCUGGACCCAGCUGAUAUGGUGGCUCUGAAGGUUCCAGACAAACUCAGCAUCAUGACGUACCUGUCACAGCUCUAUAACUUCUUCAGUGGGCCGGGACUCGGAGGAGCGAGUAAGGGCGGAGUGAAGCGUCCUCCUGCCAGCCUGUCUCCGGCUCACGGCACCAAGAAGUCCAAGGCUCUGGACGAUGAUGAUAACCCCUUCAAGGCCUACCUAGCACAAGAACCAGUGGUGCAAGAAACUAACAAGACAGAAGACUACAGGCGACACAAGCGGACGCCUUCUCCCUCAAACUUCUCCAAGAGUCAGUUAUCUUCUCUGAAAACCAGCCUCAAGGAGGACAUAGAGCAGUUCAUGCCAGCGGAGGUUGUCCAGCGCAGCGACAGGAGCUGCUCGGUCUGUGACAAGUACGUCCACAUCGUGGAGAAGGUCUUCGUGGACGGCAAAAUGUACCACAGGAACUGCUUCAGAUGUAGCAUCUGCAAAGUGAGUUUGAAGGCGGGAGCGUACAAGGACGGCGGCGCGCCGGGUGAGCUCAUCUGCAGCCGGCACAACCAGAUUGCCGAGUACCGGACUCCCGAACCAGAGAAACCGAAACCAGCGCAAGAAAAACUUCCCGAGACGCCGCCGGAAGUCGGGGUGACGGUGGACGAGGCGCCGAGCGUGGCUGCGAAAGCUCGGGCGAGGUUCUUUGAGGAACAGGCGCAGCAGAACUCAGACGAGGCCGGGGCCGACCCCUUCGCAAAACGGUCUGCGCAGAAGGCCAAGCAGGAGGCGGAGGACAAGGAGAACAAGAACAUGCUGCCGGGGAUCCUAAAGAACAUCGCCGACGCCAAGAGGAAGAACCAGGCAAAGCAGGUGGUAGAGGAGCCUCCUCCCGCGAAGCCACCGCGCUCACCGCACGGACUCAAGAACGACAACGGGAACAACAACUCCCCUCCCGCGCCGAGAAAAGACUUAAACCACGGCGAUGUGGUCAUGGCAGACGUGGCAGAGCUCACUCCCCCACCGAGGAGAAAGAAAUCCGACAAGACGAAAAAGACGAAAGAAGGGGACAGGAGCAAGUCGCCCGCCCCUCCUAGUCCUAAAGUUCAGCCUGUAGCUCCAAAAUCUGGUCCAGUACCCACAAAAACUGACGCAGUACCCACAAAAACUGACGCAGUACCCACAAAAACUGACACAGUAGCCACAAAAACUAAUGCAGUACCUAUGAAAACUAAUGCAGUGACGCCUAAAGUUGACAUCAAAGACACUAAACAGCCAGAGAAACUAAAGCCACAGGAAGCGGACACGACAAAACCACCGAGAGACGCGUCUCCAAAACCUGCAGAAAGGAAAGCUCCGAAGCCGCGACCGAGAAAGGCUCCUGGGGAAAACGGGAGCGACGCUUCUGCUCCGUUAGAAGCCCCAAAGCCUAAACCUCGGCCCCGCAGCGCAGAACUUUUAGCAGAACCUGUAGCAAAGCCGCCAACAGACUCUUAUCCAGAAGACAAAAAUCCGUUCGAGGACGAACCGAGUCCAACAGAAGUGCAAUCGCAAGUACUGGAAAAAGUUGCAGUUGAAGCCAAGAGUGGUAGCCCAGAAAAAGUCCCAGUAAAAGAGGAACCCAAAAUUCCUAGUUCGGUAGAAACUAAAUCAAAGGACGCUAGAUUAGCAGAACCGAAGCAUAGAGAAACAACAAAUCAACCCAAACAGGAACAAAAGUCUCCACCCCAGCCCAAACCAGAACAGUCUAGUCAACUUUCCGAGGAAAGCAAAGCUCCGCAACAGAAACCUGAACCAGCCACAGUCAAGCCCGCCACAGAAGCUCCGCCCGCGGAAACAAGCCGCCCCGAGCGCGCCAAUCCCUUCGACACGAAGCCGUCAGACCGGCCGAACCCCUUUGAUACGAAGCCGCCCGAGAGGAAGCUGACGCGGCUGAAGUGCAGCCUGAACCCAUUUGACGAGCCGAGCGAUGAAGAGGAGGAGGAUUCCAGGUCCGAUAGUCUCAACCCCUUCGACAUCAGUGACGAUGACCUCUCGGAUGUUGACCUGGACGAGCCUGGCCCAGACGACGCGGGUCCGCCCGCGGCCCGGGUGCCCGAGGGCCCAGUGGAGCCCCAGCGGCGCAGCGCCUUCCCCGAGGUGAAGAGGAAGAAGAAACGUCGCGCGCCAGCGCCGCCCGGUACCAAACCCGGCCUCCCACCGGUCAUGGCCGUCAAACCUCAGCCUUCAGUCAGAGGAGAGAAGGAGGCAGACAUCUCUGCUCCAGACCAGGAGGGUUCCCCGCAGAAGGUCCAGAAGAAGAGACGGGCCCCAGCACCUCCAGUCUACAGGAGACAGAUCAACUCGAAGAACCGAGUUCCCCAGGAGGAGAUCGACCAGGAGCUUCAGGAGCUGGAGAAACAGCUGACUGAGCUGGAACAUCGCGGAGUCAAGCUGGAGAUCAUGCUCAGACAUGGCAUGGCCAGCACCAUAGCAGGAGAGGAUGAGGAUGAGCUUCUCUCUGAUUGGUUCAGCCUGGUGAACGAGAAGAACAAGCUGGUUCGUCGGGAGACAGAGCUGGUCUACAUCACCAGACAGCAGUCCUUAGAAGACCAGCAGGCGAAUGUGGAGUACGAGCUGAGAUGCCUCAUGCAGAUCUCAGAAGAGAAGAAGAGUAUGGGAGAGAAGUCGCGAGAGGCGCGGCUGCUGAACGAGCUGUUAGAGAUCGUGGCUGAGAGGAACAGCAUCGUGGACAGUCUGGACGAGGACAGGAUCAGGGAAGAAGAAGAGGACAGAGAUAUACAGGCAAUGAUGGCAGACAAAGGAGCCCUGAGCGCCCCUCCCCCCCAGCCUGAGGAGCAGGAACCUGCCAAGGAGAGGAGGGGGCGGGGUCUGUUCGGGAAGAAAGACAAGAAGGACAAGGAGAAAGACAAGGAGAAGGCCAAGAGAAAACCCAAAGUGCAGAUAUAGAUUAAGGCAUUCCUUACAGACUGAUGUCUAUGUUCUUGUCGUUAUAACAGGGUUUAUAAAUAAAAAUUUUGUUUCUGAGUUUACCACUGGAUAUAAGACCAUUACAACUGUCUGUCCGACACUCUUUAUCAGAGAUUAAUAAGAAAAUGUUUACAUGGGAUUUACAGAAUGAGUGGUUAAGUUUGAAACAUUUUUUUUUAUUGAUAUAACCCUGAUCUUUACAAAUGUAACAGGAUUUAUAAUAAUUUAUGGAUGGUUGCAGGGGAUACUGUCUUAAUGUACAUCUGCACAAAGAUAACAUGAAUGUGUGUGUUUCACACAGGUACAAAUGUAUGGUGCAGCAGAAUAUACAUGUACACAAUGUAUGCCCACUGAUAGCAUAGUUCUGUAAGGUAAAAGCCAUUGAAAGUUUGGAUGGGUAUGUGGCAAUGGUAUUCUUGAUAGAAGAAAAUGUACUUAUUUGGGGGUAGGGCAUGGGAGGUAGAGUUUUGUUUCUAAGGCCACACCAAUUUAAUUUCUUGGUUAACGGAUUCGCCGCUUCAUUUUUUUCUGAUUUGCAAAUAAAAAUAAAAAUUCAGAAUCAACUGCAAAAUGA